UCAAAACCCAUUUCAGCGCUCCAAACCAUUCCCAACCCUUGCUCUGCAAUCUUCGAGACCGACGCUCUCCUUGCUUCAAUCAUCAUCUGGACAGGGUACCAUCGUCUCCAUCAUCAACCCCAUUCUCCCCAUUCAUUGCAUUGAACCUAGAGUGAGAAUGAAGAACAGAAAGAGGUCUCGAGCUAGUGAGGAUGCGGGGCCUACAGAGGAUAGACACCGGCGAUUACAUGCUUCUAGCCGGCGCGGCGAUCAUGCUGCGACCUCUCACGCGGUUGAGGCUUCAGCUCCAGCUCCAGUUGAUUCUAUGCAGUCGCCCAUGGUAGAGGCUUCAGCUCCAGCUCCAGUUGAGCCUACUGAUCGAGUUCCUACUCCGCCGUCUCCCAUGGUUGAGGUACCUCGCCAUGAGUCACCAGGCGAGGAGUCAUCAGGCGAGUCGUCAUCCGGCGAUGAGUCAUCCGGCGAUGAGUCAUCCGACGAGGAGUCAUCCGGCGAGGAGGGGUCAUAUGACGAGGAUAGUAUUCCUCCUCCUGAUGUUGAUGCUGAUGUCGUGCCAGAGGCACAGGGUGGCGAGGAGGACCUGAUCCAGAGGUUGCCGCCGUUUCCGGGGGGGCCUGUUGAUCUGUCGCUUCUCACGCAUUAUGCUGAUCACAAGGCUCCCUGGACGUGGCAUGCACUCCUACGCACAGACGAGCGGUAUGUGGACCGUCGACACUUGAGGGUGGCCACAGCUGGGGGGAAGGUUUGGAACCUUGCUUGUGAUGGUGAUUCAGACAACGGUUGUGCGUCGGGUCGUGGACUUGUUGGAGCAGUCACUGGAGGUGCCAGAUGCUCUUGCAGUUGGCACGCAUGCCCGAUCCCUCACUGA